AGGGCCCCUGGGCCCCCCCGGCUGGCGGGGCGGUGCGGCGGCGGUGGCGGCGGAGCCAUGCUCUCGAGGAAGGGCAUCAUCCCCGAGGAGUACGUGCUGACCCGGCUGGCCGAGGAUGUGCCCGAUCACGCCCGGUACCGCGCUCGGGAGAGGCGGGCGCGCUUCGUGGGCAAGAACGGCGCCUGCAAUGUGGCCCACAAGAACAUCCGCGAGCAGGGGCGCUUCCUGCAGGACGUCUUCACCACCCUGGUGGACCUCAAGUGGCCGCACACGCUGCUCAUCUUCACCAUGUCCUUCCUGUGCAGCUGGCUGCUCUUCGGCAUGGUCUGGUGGCUCAUCGCCUUCGCGCACGGGGACCUGGACCACAGCACCCGGCUGCAGCGGGACCCCGCCGAGGGGACGGCGGGCUCUGCGGCCGCCUUCGUGCCCUGCGUGACCAGCAUCCACUCGUUCACCUCCGCCUUCCUCUUCUCCAUCGAGGUGCAGGUGACCAUCGGCUUCGGGGGGCGCAUGGUGACGGAGGAGUGCCCGGCCGCCAUCCUGGUGCUGAUCGUGCAGAACAUCGUGGGGCUGGUGAUCAACGCCAUCAUGCUGGGCUGCAUCUUCAUGAAGACGUCGCAGGCGCACCGGCGGGCCGAGACCCUCAUCUUCAGCAAGCACGCGGUGAUCGCGCUGCGGGAGGGCCGGCUCUGCUUCAUGCUCCGGGUGGGCGACCUCCGCAAGAGCAUGAUCAUCAGCGCCACCAUCCGCAUGCAGGUGGUGAAGAAGACGGCCAGCCUGGAGGGCGAGGUGGUGCCCCUCAACCAGAUCGACAUCCAGAUGGAGAACCCCGUGGGGGGCAACAGCAUCUUCCUGGUGUCCCCGCUCAUCAUCUACCACGUGAUAGACAAGAACAGCCCCCUCUACGACAUCUCCCCCAUGAACCUGCACCACCACGAGGACCUGGAGAUCAUCGUCAUCCUGGAAGGGGUGGUGGAGACCACCGGCAUCACCACGCAGGCCAGAACCUCCUACCUGGCGGACGAGAUCCUCUGGGGCCAAAGGUUCGUGCCCAUCGUGGCGGAGGAGGACGGGCGGUACUCGGUGGACUACUCCAAGUUCGGCAACACGGUGAAAGUGCCCACGCCGUCGUGCACUGCCCGGCAGCUGGAGGAGGACAAGAGCAUCAUGGACACCAUGCCGCUGUCCCCCAGAGGCACCAUCAGGAAAAGGUCUGUCAAGCUAAAGCCCAAGUUUACCAUAAGCGAGGAGCCUUCCUGAUGCCUUCUGACUGGGAAACUCUGUUAGGGCUUUGUGUCUGAAUGAUCUCAUGAACUCAAAACACUGAGGUGGCCUCUUACUUUUUUUUAAAAUUCAGGUUGGUAGCACAAGGUAUGUUCUGGUGUUAUUUAUUGUGGGAAAAUCUAAAGCUAAUUAUAUUUUUUUAAAGGUGUGAGAGAUUUCAAGCAGAACUGGGAGUAGGGAAAAUCAUGGUCUGCAGCUUUAAAUUUCAAUUCAGACUAUUUAAUUGCACGAUCAUUUUGCCUUGAUUCAACUGCAGGUAAUGACACAUUUUCUCAAAAAUAAAUGUAUAUUUAUCCUCAGAGAUUGCAGGUUUUUUAGGAUCUUGCAGUGUUUGCAAGUCAGUAGUUUUUAACUGGUGUUUUUUUUCCUAACUUGAACAAUCAAUAUAGCAAAAUAAAAUAUUAAUAAUUAAUAAAGUAGGCUGGAUUUAAAUGAUAAAAAAAGGGUCAGGCAAUGGCAGAAGACCAGAUCUGGAAGUGUCUCUAUAUUAUACUGUAUGUCUCAAAGAAAUUAACUGCUGGAUUUGCAUCAUCCAUAUUGUGUUGUAUGGAGCCACUCCUACCACAUGCAGUAUGAAAUGUAUUUGAGUAUUUACUUUUGUUUAUUUUAAAAGCCGUUACACUUCCAAAAUAAAACAUUCAGGAAUA